CGGGGCCGCAGAGGGAGGGCACCCUAUUGGGGCCCGGGAGAGGCGGGGGUGUGGCAGCGGCGGCAGCGAGGCGGCGGCCAGGGCGCACGGGAGGGCGGGGCCUGGGCGCCCUAAGCGCGCCGCCCGGCUUCUUUCAGGGGUUGGAGGCGUUAUUUGUGCUAGGCUGGGGUCCGGAGGCGAGCGAGGGGUCCGUGCGGACGGAGAGGGAGUCCAAAGCCCGCAGCCUCACAUUCCUCCCUCAAGCGGCGGCGACUAGGUGGCCGGUAGAGUAACCGCUGCCUUUGUUCCGAGCGCCUGUUCCUCCUGUCACCUCAGCCCCUCACGCCGCCGCGCUCCGGCUGGCCCGCCUUGGUCCCCAAAGCCUCAUUCGGCUCGUGCCGCGCGGAUGCGGCUGCCGGGCCUGAGUGUGGGCUUUGAGCGGGAGGAGGAGGAGCAGCGGCGCCUGGGCGGCAUGCGAUGGGGAACUGCUGCUGGACGCAGUGCUUCGGGCUCCUCCGCAAGGAAGCGGGGAGGCUGCAACGUGUAGGAGGCGGUGGAGGAUCCAAGUAUUUUAGAACAUGCUCAAGAGGUGAGCACUUAACUAUAGAGUUUGAGAAUCUAGUGGAAAGUGAUGAAGGGGAAAGCCCAGGAAGCAGUCAUAGGCCUCUUACUGAGGAAGAAAUUGUCAACCUAAGAGAGAGGCAUUAUGAUUCUAUUGCUGAAAAACAGAAGGAUCUUGAUAUGAAAAUUCAAAAAGAGUUAGCCUUACAAGAAGAGAAGUUAAGACUAGAAGAAGAAGCUUUAUACGCUGCACAGCGUGAAGCAGCCAGGGCAGCAAAGCAGCGAAAGCUCUUGGAGCAAGAAAGUCAGAGAGUUGUGCAGCGAUACCAUCCUUCAAACAAUGGAGAAUAUCAGAGUUCAGGACCAGAAGACGACUUUGAAUCUUGUUUGAGAAAUAUAAAGUCACAGUAUGAAGUUUUUCGAAGUAGUAGACUCUCAUCAGAUGCCACAGUGUUGACGCCAAAUACAGAAAGUAGUUGUGAUUUAAUGACCAAAACUAAAUCAACAAGUGGAAAUGAUGACAGUACAUCCCUAGAUCUAGAGUGGGAAGAUGAAGAAGGAAUGAAUCGCAUGCUUCCAAUGAGAGAACGUUCCAAAACAGAGGAAGACAUUCUCCGAGCAGCACUUAAGUAUAGCAGCAAGAAGACUGGAAGUAAUCCUACAUCAGCCUCUGAUGAUUCCAAUGGGCUGGAGUGGGAGAAUGAUUUUGUUAGUGCUGAAAUGGAUGAUAACGGCAAUUCCGAGUAUUCUGGAUUUGUGAAUCCUGUAUUAGAACUGUCUGAUUCCGGCAUAAAGCAAUCUGAUGCAGAUCAACAGAAACGAUAGGGUAAAAUUGUAUGACCCUGUUUUAUCAGUUGUGACCAAAUGUUAAAAACCAACUAGAAUGUAUAAAUAGUUGUGCUGAGCCUUUUUUUAAGAGGGAGAUAAGAAACCAUGUUGUAAAUGCUUAUUAGAAAAGAAUAGAAAUGAUAGGCUAUAUCUGAGUUGCUUCAGAAUUAAGUGCAAUUUCAUCAUCUGCCUUCUGCUUUUCAAAAACAAUUUAAUGGUUCUAUCAUGUUAUCAGUUAAAUUUAUUUUAACUCUUCUUUAUAGCAUUCCUGUUUACUAUUUGUAGAUUUUCACUUUUAAAAAUAGUUUGUUUACUUUGAAUGCUUUCUUAAGCCUAUUUCAGUAGUUAACUGUGAAAAUAGUAAGGCAUUUUGUGUUAAUUCUCAGCAGAUGUGAAGGGAGCAGGAGGAGGGACUGCCAGAUCAGAUUUAUAAUAGUGUUCCCUUUUCCACCUUUUCCAACAUUAUUUGUUCCUAUAACUUACUUAAAUUUUAUUAUCUAAUAGUAAGCACAAUUGAGUAGAUGACCCUAAAGAAAUGCUGAAAUAUCAGUUUUUUUCUACACUUACUGCAUAUCCUAGUAUAAUAAUGUUGAUUCAGUUGGAACAAAGGAUAUGUUAAAAUAGACUUUCAGAGUUCAGAUACUUGAAGCUGGUAAUCAAAAGUAAUAUUUAAGAAAAUAUAUAUAUUUAGGUUUUUCACUUCCUUUUACAUGCAGCCACUAUAGAUGAAUAUUGAUUUUAAGUUAAUUGAUAAAUUUCUAGAUGUCAUUUUUUUAAAUUCUAUAUUUCCAAUGAAUGGUCUUAGAAAGAUUUUACACAGAACAUACUCUCUGUGCAUGAUUUAGUAAGAAAGGAAAACCUAAAUAUGCAAUACGGGUAUUUCAAAAUAAAAUCCUUUCUGGUGUGAAAGGAUUCAUUGAUUUUAUUAAGCUUUCCUUUGCCUUGUAAUACAAGGUGCUUUAAUGGGAUGGAACUAAGCAUAUCAGUAUAAAUAACUGCAUUUGUGAUAUACAAUGAACUCUUCUUUUCCUAAAGUUUGUUUCACUUUGAAAGGCCAAGGUUAUAAAGCACUCCCUAAUUGCUUGUCUUAAUUUUGCUGAGGAUUGAAUAUGAUUUUGGUAAGCAAACUGUUUUCUGAUUUUUCCUUGGUUUUUUUUUUCUUUUUUUCUUGCAGCAGUGACAGUGCAUGUUCUCAAAAAUAUAGGAAGGUCCAGAUAUAAAUAGUAACUUAAAGUUCUUGCUGUACUUAAAAAAAAAAAAAUCAUGUGGCCCUUUCAAUAUUUGAACUGCUAGGCAAUGACAUCAAUAGUUUCAUCUUUUUUUAUCGCAUAGAAAUAAAUAUGAUACUUUAAAUAUGUAAAUAUACUAGGUAUGCUAUUAUUUAUGACUGUCUUAACAUAAUUUAAGUUGUAGCUUUGUCACUGGAAAUAUUUUAAAGGUAAUCUAUAUUCACAUUGCCUGUGUUAUGCCUUUUAAAGUUUGUAUACAUCAGAUGUAUAUUUUUGGUUUGGCAUAAGCUACUAUUGUAAUUUUUCUUGGCAUUUUGUUCAUAAAAAAUUUUUUGAAGGAAUGAUAACCUCAAGGAUUAUGAAUAAACACAUUUUUACAUUUAAAAAUAAUAAAUUAUUUGAUCAUUA